CUCCUCCUGCUCCUCCUCCUCCUCACCGCGUGGUCCCCUCAACUCACCCCAAGGAAAAAUCAAAUCCGGAGCAUUUGUGCCAAAGUUACUGGGAUGUGAAGGAGGGCGCCGUGCUCAGUGUCCCGGGCGUUCGGCUCUGACCUGCAGCGAUCCAGGGUUUUUAUUUGAAUACCAUCCUAGCAGAAGCGCAUUCUCAAACUGAAAAGUUUACCUGGAACAAGAAUGAAUCUCAUCGAACACUCCCACUUACCGGCCAUGGAUGAGUUUUCCCUCUCUGAAAAUUUAUUUGGUGUGCUGUCGGAGCCGGCCGCGGGGCCGCUGGCCCAGAGCCUGGACGUGGAGCCCUUCCCGCAGUACGGCGGCGUCCAGUUCGCGCCGCAGGUGUCCGCCUCCGGCUACUACCCCAGCCUGGGCUUCCACGCCGCGCAGCAGCCCGAGGAGUGGUACUGCGCGGGCGCCUUCGAGCCCCGGCGGAUGCCCCCCGACAGCGCCUACCCGGCGGAGCCCGAGCUGGCCGAGAUGCCCCUGGCGAAGAAGGCCCGCGUGGGCGCCGCGGCGGGCAGAGCGAAGGGGGACGAGCUGUGCGUGGUGUGCGGGGACAGAGCGUCCGGCUACCACUACAACGCGCUGACCUGCGAGGGCUGCAAAGGUUUCUUCAGGAGAAGCAUCACCAAAAACGCUGUGUACAAGUGCAAAAAUGGUGGCAACUGCGUGAUGGAUAUGUACAUGCGGAGGAAAUGCCAGGAGUGCCGGCUAAGGAAGUGCAAAGAGAUGGGGAUGUUGGCUGAAUGUAUGUAUACAGGCUUGUUAACCGAAAUUCAGUGUAAGUCUAAACGGCUGAGGAAGAAUGUGAAGCAGCAUGCAGAUCAGACUAUGCAAGAGGAUGGUGAAGGACGAGACUUGCGACAAGUGACCUCCACCACUAAGCCGUGCAGGGAGAAAACCGAACUCACUUCAGAUCAACAGCAUCUUCUACAUUAUAUCAUGGAUUCAUAUAAGAAACAGCGAAUGCCUCAGGAAAUAACAAACAAAAUUUUAAAAGAAGAAUUCAGUGCUGAAGAAAAUUUCCUCAUUUUAACGGAAAUGGCUACCAGUCAUGUACAGGUUCUCGUAGAAUUCACAAAAAAGCUUCCAGGAUUUCAGACUUUGGACCACGAAGAUCAGAUUGCUUUGUUGAAAGGGUCUGCUGUUGAAGCUAUGUUCCUCCGUUCAGCUGAGAUUUUCAGUAAGAAACUUCCAGUGGGACACGUUGACCUAUUGGAGGAAAGAAUCCGAAAGAGCGGUAUUGCUGACGAAUACAUCACGCCCAUGUUUAGCUUUUAUAAAAGUGUUGGAGAAUUGAAAAUGACCCAAGAAGAGUACGCCCUGCUCACGGCCAUUGUUAUCCUGUCUCCAGACCGGCAGUACAUAAAGGACCGCGAGGCGGUGGAGAAGCUCCAGGAGCCGCUGCUGGACGUGCUGCAGAAGCUGUGCAAGAUUCACCAGCCCGAGAACCCUCAGCACUUCGCCUGCCUGCUGGGGCGCCUCACGGAGCUGCGGACCUUCAACCACCACCACGCCGAGAUGCUGAUGUCCUGGAGGGUGAACGACCACAAGUUCACCCCGCUCCUGUGCGAGGUCUGGGACGUGCAGUGAGGAGCCCACCGGCAGGUCCGGCUCCUUUGUCCCCGUGUGAUAUAAACCCCAUGUUCGACUGGCUCUAUUUCGACUGUGCCUGGUGUCACUCAAGAAUCCCGAUGCAAUUGAUGUAGUAAUUAUGUAACUUCUAGAACUGUAAAUAGGGGAGUAGAUGGAAUUACUGUCCCUCCACCGUGUUUCCCAAGGCUUCAGGGAGUCCCACGUCCCACCUGGCGUGCCCUGUGUGUCUCCUGAAAUUGUUACUGCAGUCCUAGCAGCAGAUCUGAGAACACCCUGGUCUGUGCUUUCUAUUACCACUUUGCAUGUAUUUUAUUAAAGCGUUGUGUUCAAUUUUGUCCAUAAACUGAGUGCGAUGGCAAUACACUUUUCUUUGGGGGUGAAAUUUGGCAAAGAUUUCUUUAAGCGAUGAAAGGCAUCCUUACUGAGCCCGGGGUAGGGAUGAUUACACAGAGAUAAACAUAGUGGCACUUUCUCAUCCCUAGCGAGGCCAUGGGAAAUGCAACAUUCAUUCAUUCGUAAUGGCCCCCUGAUCAUUCCACUUGCCUUGAAAUUCAGAGAGCAUAGCAUGCACAAAAGCUAGUAAUUUUCACAUAAAAUAUUCCCAAGCAAUCCCUGUCUCCUUACUUGGGGGCUAGGGCAAAGCAUGUGUAACUCAAGAGGGUGCAGAUACCUACAGUGACGUGAAAGCCCCUCAGCUCUCUUAAAAACGCCCAUUGUGGCUCCAGUGCACACAAUUAAUUAUUUUUAAAUGUAUUUGGUUUUGCUAUUUGAAAAUCCUCCCGGCACAGCUGGGGACGCAGCUGUGCAACACUUCCUUCCUGCAAAGGGGAUGAGUUCAUUUCCUUCCUCCAUUGUUCUGCUGCCGCAUUCUUCUCCCUUUGGCAAAGACAAUAAAACACCUUCCAGAAGUAA